AUGUCUGCCACGCUUUUCCUGCUCGCCGCGCUCGCUGUCCCCUCGAGGGUCCAGGUGAGCUACCUCUCCAACUCGGAGGCAGCCGACGCGGAGGCAGGCCAGGCGGCGGGCAAGGCGGCGGGCGCAGCGGCGGAGCGGGCGGUCGUUCAGGCGGAGGAGAGCGGCCGCACGUACUACUGGAACGAGGAGGAGGGUGGCGGCGGCCUGGCGGCGCUGCGCGCGAAGCUGGCCGCCCUUCGCGAGCGCGAGGCGAGCCGAGGCGGCGACGCGGACGGCGGGCGGCCGAAGGUGGCGCGGACGGCGGGCGUGUUUGCGGCGCUUCUGCUCGCCGCCGCCGCCGCCAUCUGA